CGCGGAGGCCACCGUCGCCACGGCAACGCCGCUUUACUGGGCCCAACGGAUUAGGCGGCCUGGGGCUGCAGGCGGCCACGUGGCCUCGGGGUCAGCGCCAGCAGCAUGGACAGCCUGUACGUGGAGGAGGUGGCCGCCUCCCUGGUCAGGGAGUUUCUUAGCAGAAAGGGUUUGAAGAAGACAUCUGUGACCAUGGACCAGGAGCGCCCCCGCUGUGAGCUCAGCAUCAACAGCAGAAAUGAUCUCCGCAAAGUUCUCCAUCUGGAGUUUCUCUACAGGGAGAACAAGGCAAAGGAAAAGCCUCUAAAAACAAACCUUGAGCUCAUAACCAGAUACUUUCUGCACCAUUCUGGGAACACAGACAACUUAAGUCAAGAAGCCCCGAUCCCUGAACUCCCAGUUGCAAAGAAAAAUAAUAAGCUGCCGUCAAGAUGCUCAGAGACCACACUGGUGAAUAUAUACGAUCUUUCAGAUGAAGACACAGGAAGACGAAUAUCAUGGUCAGAAGCCGGCAAAGCCAGGCAUGACAAUCUUGAUGGGGAUAUACUCGGUAAUUUCAUGUCAUCCAAAAAAAGCCCACAGAAAAGUAAGCCUGCUCACAUGGUCCUGGGUGACAGCCUCCCUUUGGUUCCUGCGUGGGAGAAGGUGGAGCAUCUUCAUUCAUCAGAGCCUUGCACAGAUGUGAAGAGGCCAGUGGAGAGGACCAGGCCAAAGUCUGGCCUGAUUUUCCGAGGCAUGAUGGCCGGGCCGGUCGCCAGCUCCCCGCAGGACUCUUUCCGCAGACGCUCUCUGAGACAGUCCUCAGCCUUGAGCAGGAAGCUCCAAGUCCCCGAGGAAAGGCAGCAGCCAUCUGAGCCAUCUGUCCACACCCCAGCCUGUCCGGGUCCACAGGAGGUCCCUGCUUCCCUCAGUGACUCUGUCUCCAGGAGCCCUCUGGGUCAACUGAAUGAAUUGCCUAGGGAGAAGCCAAAUGCCACUUCCAGCAGCCAAGGCCUGUCCCACAGGGACAGGCCCAGACUCAGAAGUGUUUCAGAGGACAGCCCACUGGGGUACAGCCACACAGAAACCAGCACAGCACCUUUGAAGCUGUACUUGCCUGGUGGGAAUUCCAGGAUGACCCAAGAGCAGCUGGAAAAAGCCUUCAAGCGGCAGGACAGCCAGCCCCCAUCUCUCAGGGAAAAUCAGCUGGUGUCUGAAAAGGCCAGUGAUGAACCAGAUGCCCUGUUGCUAGAGGAUGUUGAGGAUGAACUGAUAAAGGAAGAUGUUGUUCUGUCCCCACCUCCAUCGAUGCUCACGCUGCAAACUGUGUCAAAGCCAAUGGACCUCUCCUUGGCGAAGGAGCUGAAGACCCUUCUGUUCGGCUCUACCUUUUGCUGCUUCAGUGAAGAAUGGAAACUUCAGAACUUUUCCUUCAGUGACUCCGCCUCGUUAAAAUACGGCAUUGUGCAGAACAAGGGUGGUCCCUGUGGGGUUCUGGCGGCUGUUCAAGGCUGUGUACUGCAGAAACUCCUGUUUGACGGAGAUAGCAAAACCAACUCUAAUCUCAGGCUGCAGCCCUCAGACUCCCAGAGGACCCACUGCCUUGCCCUGGCCCUUGCAGACAUCUUGUGGCGAGCUGGAGGCAGAAAGCAAGCCGUGGUUGCUCUGGCUUCAGGAACACCACACUUCAGUCCAACAGGGAAAUACAAAGCAGAUGGAGUCUUAGAAACACUCACCUUGUAUAGUUUGACCUGCUCUGAGGACCUGGUGACGUUUCUCCAGCAGAGCAUUCAUCAGUUUGAAGUGGGACCCUAUGGUUGCAUCCUGCUCACCUUGUCUGCCAUCCUGUCCAGGUCCCUGGAGCUUGUCCGCCAGGACUUCGAUGUCCCCACCAGCCAUCUGAUUGGAGCUCACGGAUACUGCACACAGGAACUUGUCAAUCUUCUCCUGACCGGGAGAGCCGUGUCCAAUGUUUUCAAUGAUAUAGUGGAGCUAGACUCAGGCGAUGGGAACAUCACGCUCCUCCGAGGCAUUGAGGCACGCAGCGACAUCGGUUUCUUAUCGCUCUUUGAACACUACAAUGUGUGCCAGGUUGGCUGCUUCCUGAAGACUCCGAGGUUCCCCAUCUGGGUGGUCUGCAGUGAGAGCCACUUCAGCAUCCUCUUCAGCCUCCAACCAGAGCUCCUGUCCAACUGGAAGACGGAGCGGCUCUUCGACCUGUAUUACUACGAUGGCUUGGCCAACCAGCAGGAGGAGAUUCGGCUGACUGUUGAUACCACCAAGACCAGCCCAGAGGACAGCUGCAGUGACCUUGUCCCUCCCCUUGAACUCUGUAUCAGAACCAAAUGGAAGGGGGCAUCCGUGAACUGGAAUGGCUCAGACCCCAUCCUGUGACCCUUGGAUACAUCAAGCUCUGGCUUCAGCACUCAUCACUGGGAUGACCCCUGGACCCCAGGUCUUAGGGUCAAGUCUCUCAGAGGAGCCCUCCUGCCUGAGUUUGCAUGGCCACAGAGGCAUACAGAGCGUUCCAGUUUCUUCUAUGAAGGGCUGUGGUAGGGCCCGGUGCACCGCUGAGGUUUCCUCCGGACACAGCUGUGACUGCCAAAGACAAGAGGGCCAUCAAAGACCCUGCCUUUCAUCUGCAUCCCUCCUGGACAGCCCCCUCUCCAAGGCCUCUGGUGCAGCUGGCCUUGGGGACUCUGGACACUUGUUACUACAGUUUCCAUAAAGCAAAAGUCAAGUCUAUGA